AUGCUCUGCAUUGCCCCCAUUCUGGUUCUCAACAAAAUCCCUGGAAUUUCCUACAACCACUUCUUCUCCCUCUCUUAGGAAUUUGCUUUUUUGGAUUUAAUCUGUAGAAUAAGCAAAAUGGCACGGACCAAGCAAACAGCUCGUAAAUCGACAGGGGCUAAGCUUCCAAGGAAGAACCUAUACAUCAAGGCUGCCAGGAAACACGCGCCGGCCAUUGGAGGAGUCAAGAAGCCUCACAAGUAUCGACCUGGAACCGUUGCGCUCCGUGAAAUCAGGAAGUAUCAGAAGAGCACAGAGCUUCUGAUCCGCAAGUUGCCUUUCCAGCGUCUCGUUCGAGAAAUCGCUCAAGAUUUUAAGAAUGAUUUGAGGUUCCAAAGUCACGCGGUGUUAGCGCUGCAAGAAGCUGCGGAGGCCUACCUGGUGGGAUUGUUUGAAGACUCUAACUUGUGCGCCAUUCAUGCUAAGAGGAUCACCAUCAUGUACAAGGAUAUCCAGCUUGCGAGGCGUAUUCGCGGAGAACGUGCUUAGAAAUCCAAC